AAAGCAUCCGACGCGUACCUCUCCAGACACAGAGCGAGGGGGCGAGAAAGUGGGUCUGGAAGCAGCAGCAGCAGCAGCAGCAGCAGCAGCCAGGAGGAGCGGCAGCCGCUUGCAAACACGCACGCACGGUGGCAGGAGAGAGUGUGGCGCUACCCCUGCCAGCCCUAGGGCACUGGAGGGAAGAGAGAGGAGAGAUGGAGCCAGGGCUGCCCGCAGAGACGCCGCCGGCCUCGGGUACCUGCCGCCCGCCGCCGGGCAGCGCCGGGACUCUGGCCGCCGCCGCGGCAUCCCGCCCCGACGUGGCUCCGCCGUGGUGCGGCGGCCCCCGCUGCUGCUGCUGCUGCUGCUGCUGCUGCUGGCGCCGUGGGCGCCGCGUGUGUCGGGGUCCGCCGCCGCCGCCGCGGGGCCCUAAAGCCGCCCGGCUCAAGAGGAUGGUGCGGCUGGCGGCCGAGCUGCUGCUGCUGCUGGGGCUGCUCCUGCUCACCUUGCACAUCACCGUGCUGCGCGGCGGCGGAGAGCCCCACGCCCCCUCGGCUGCCGGCAACCACAGCCAGCGGCAGAACACACUGACUGCAGAGGACCAUUCUCCUGAAGACAGCUUCACCCUGAACCCCGAGGAGCGACGAGAAUACCCCAAUCUCCAGGCUGCCCACCGGCCAUUUCCUAAGGAGCAGUUCAGGCAGGAGAGCGGGCACACGUCCUUGCAAAGAGAUGGACCCAGGUCUUUUCUGCUGGACCUCCCAAACUUCCCUGACCUGUCAAAAGCAGAUAUCAAUGGGCAGAAUCCCAACAUUCAGGUUACCAUUGAAGUGGUGGAUAGCCCUGACACAGAGGCAGACAAGGACCUGCAGAAGGAGAGCAGCAAGCCCAGCUGGCCAGCCCCAUCUCCCGACUGGAGGAACUGGUGGCAGAGGUCCUCCACGCUGACUCGCAUGAGCAGCGGUGACCAGGACUACAAGUAUGACAGCACAACUGAGGACAGCAACUUCCUAAACCCUCUCGGUGGGUGGGAGAGCCAUGCACCCAGUCACCGGGCAUUCGAGUCCAAGGAGCAGCCGGAGUACGAUUACAUCGAUGGCGAGGGCGACUGGAGCCCCUGGUCCCCCUGCAGCGUCACCUGCGGCAGCGGCAGCCAGAAGCGCACCAGGUCCUGCGGGUACGCCUGCACCGCCACCGAGUCCCGGACCUGCGACCGGCCCAACUGCCCAGGGAUCGAAGAUACCUUCCGGACAGCUGCCACAGAAGUGAGUUUACUUGCAGGGAGUGAAGACUUCAAUGCCACCAAACUGUUUGAAGUUGAUACUGAUAGCUGUGAGAGAUGGAUGAGCUGCAAGAGCGAGUUCCUGAAGAAGUACAUGCACAAAGUGGUCAAUGAUCUUCCCAGCUGCCCUUGCUCCUACCCCAGAGAAGUUGCCUACAGCACUGCCGAAAUCUUUGACCGGCUCAAGAGGAAGAACUUCCGCUGGAAGGAUGCGAGUGGUCCAAAGGAAAAACUGGAGAUCUACAAGCCCACAGCGCGGUACUGCAUCCGCUCCAUGCUGUCCUUGGAGAGCACAACGCUUGCAGCGCAGCACUGCUGCUAUGACGACAACAUGCAGCUGAUCACCAGGGGCAAAGGGGCAGGAACACCCAACCUGAUCAGCAUCGAAUUCUCAGCGGAACUCCACUACAAAGUGGACAUUCUGCCUUGGAUCAUAUGCAAAGGGGACUGGAGCCGCUACAAUGAAGCCCGGCCUCCCAACAAUGGGCAGAAGUGUACAGAAAACCCGUCAGACGAAGACUACUACAAGCAGUUUCAAGAAGCAAGGGAAUACUGAGAAGAUUUUCCUUUUCUUCAGAUGCAAAAUAGCAUUCGUUUCCUGGAUGCCAAAGAACUGAUGAUGGCUGCUGCAUUGGCUCCUCGACAGGGGUUGGUCAGUUCCUUUCUAAUGAAUGUAUAUAAUUGUAAUAUAAUACGUAAGUAUUUUUCACAGUGUGUGUAAUUUAUAAACACAUAUCUCUCUGUCUCACACACACCUAUUUUUGCAUACAGACAUACAUAAGUCUUGUCCUGAUAGGAUUUUAUACUGCAAUAAUGUUCAUGUAAUAAUGUGCGUUUCAUUUUAUUUCCCAUCUGUAACCUAAUGAAGGGGGUGGGGGGUAGCUGCCAUCACCAUCAGGCCCCAAGGCCCCAGCUGAGGAGGCACAUACUUAAAAGUUGUUAUAAACAAUAGGAUUGAAGAAUGUACUCUUCCAUAUGGGAAUGGUUUACAAGAUUAAUGCACCUACAGCAUCAGUUUUCUCUAUAAUUGGUUUCAUGACCAGUCAUAUCUAAGGAGGGAAGAAUUUUUUUUUGGAAGGGUAAUAGUCAAAAGUGAAUACAGAAAAUCCCUACCAAUUUUUCUCUUGGAAUUCUUCCUGCACCUUCUAGCUCAGGUAUUUGCAGUCCACCUGGGGUAGGCUUGCAGGAAGAUGUAGCUGUGGUUUUCCUACAGGCCAGAAAAUGUCCAGGUGCAGUGGUUCUGCAAGAGUUACAAAGAGCCCCCUCCUGGAGACAUCUCUGAUACAGAGCUGCAGCUGUUGGGGCUUACAUCUCCAGAGCAGCUGUGAACCUGUGAACUGAACAUGCUGUAAGUCUUUGGAGGAGUGAGGGCAGAGAAGGAAUCCAUGUCAAAGGACCAAAAAGAUCACAGUUCCUUCCCAGAUUUUAAUAUGAAGAAUGUUUGGAUCUGCUUGUUUCUUUCUUUUAAUAAAAGGAAGUUUAUUAUUUUAGAGAACAGUAAAACUGGAAUCCACAAGUUCCCUGGGAUGAAAGAUGCAACCAGCCCUUUUCCCCCAUUUUUCUCAUGCUGAAUGCAGUGUCCUACAGCAGAAGCUAUUCUUUAAGGGAAGCUUUCUGGGAGGAACUACUGGUGUCUUAAAGUGUCUUAAUUUUUUUAAAAAAGCUAGCAUUAUUUUUGUAAAGUAUUUAUUGAAUUGUAACAAUGACUCACAUGUGGGAUGUAUAACAUAAACGGUUUCUGUAGAUGGAACUUGAUUUCCAAGAACACAACUGUUGUUAGGCAAAGGUUUUAUUUCCAAAUUUUUAUAAAGUUCAAGUUUACAAACUGUUAUAAAACAGCUCAUAUCUGCAUUCUGAUGAAAGAUUAAAGUUACACCCUGGGUAAAUAAAUACUUACAGUUCCAUCCUGUGAAAGACUGCCUUGCUGCAAGUCAGUGUGUUCAUUUGGAAAACUAAAUGUCACUAGAGAAAUGCCUGUUUUGGGGUUAUGUGGUCUGACACACAUAUAUGAAACCUCACACAGAGUUAAAGCUGACUGGCAUUGCAGUCAGCCUGAGCUCAAAGAUUCAAGAUGGACACAAAAGGCAAUUCCCUCUGCUAUAUACAUAUAGACACACAUAGAUGAUAUUUAUGGUCCCUUCCAACCCAAACCCUUCUAUGGCUUCUUGUAAAUCUUUUCCAUGUCUCUGUUGGCCUCUGGGGUCAGGUUGAUCGUGGGUUCACGGACGGACAUGUGCGUGGUGCCAUUAACACAGCACAACAACCCCGGCUCUGUGUUGGCCUGCCCAGGUGGUGCAAACCAGGGGCUCAAAGGCACUCUGGGCUGUGCACACCCAGUCUGACCCGUGGUGGAGGCUCUGCCAGAUCUGCUGGGCUGCAGAGCCCCAGCACUGUGCUCCAGGUCUCCAAAAAACACAGCGCUCCGGGCAAAGCCAGCGCACAUCUGCGCCAGCGACGGCUCGGCUGAGGUAACCUCGGCAGCUGGAAAACUUGGCCAAGGCAUCGGAGCAUCCCAGAGCCAGGCUUGAGUUGGUGGAUAUGUUCUAGCACAAGCUGGUAGUAACAAAACAUGGUUAGUUGAGAAAGAGGGUAAACAUAGGGAUCACCCCUUAUUUUUUAUAGAAACCAGAUUUUGUAAAUACUUGCAAGGUCAUACGAAGGCGCCACUAGCUCGUGGAGCCAGUUAAAUUGACAGCAGAUGGAUGAAAGGCACGAGGAGUUCCAGGAUCCCUUCACAGGGAAGACAGGUAUUUUCAGGGAGAAAGCUCUGCUUCUUUCUUAACAAUGUGGAGGGGGAAACAACAUUCUCAGGUUUCUCUGGGAGAGAGAUGAGAGAAUUGGUCACAAUUCUUGAAAUGUAAAACACAUCCCUGCCCUUUGUGGAUUAGUAAAUUAUGGUGCUAUUGAGAAAUGCUACUACACUAUUAAUACAGAACAUGGCACAUAAAGUGUCAGGGAAGAGGAAAAAUUAUUCUAAUAAAUGAAAUGACGCACAAAGUUUCAAGUCCUACCACUCGUAAUUUGCCAAGGCUGGAA